ACAGUUGGCUAGAAUACCUAGCUGCACCUUCUGACGGUCAAAUGGAACCCGACACGAUGGGGCCACAACCGAUCAUGGGCGAAGCGGGAGAGGAGUACAGGGCAUCGCCCGAUCGAGCACUGAGGGAUCUGAAGGAACGAAUUAGGCAAAAAGCACCGCUGAGAUGGGGCGACCAAACCAAUGACGGAGGACCCGACAUGAGAGGCGAACCCGCUGCGACAGAGCUGCAGGAGGCUCUAAAGACGGGUACCUCGAGCGGACGACGAGAAGCGACGAGACGACGCUCCCCCGAGUACGAGCAGAGGAGGGACACCAUAGCAGACAGGUACAGAGACGACUGGAGAGAGAAUUUGAGGGAUUCCUACUGGAGGGAUAGAGAUAGAGACAGGGCGCCGCCUAGGCGGGUCUUCGACCCCCAGACAGGGGUGUCACAUCCGCUCCCUUACGAGAGCAAGGACCGGUAUAUUAUUACGCACAAGGUCUCAGAGCCUCCUGCCUUCAGGGGUUAUGGUAUCACAGAAUAUCUCGAGAAGUGGGAAUUUCACGCCAGCCGGAGUCAGUGGUCGGAGGAAGAGAUUAUAGAGAACUUCCUAUUUAAUGUGGACCCAAGUCUCGGUAGGGAAGUUAAGGAAGCUCGACCGAAGGAUGGCAAAUGGACUACGUACAAGAAGAACCUCGUUGAGCUUUACAAAUUGGAGGAUAACAAGUAUUCCAUCAAGGACCUUGAAACAAUGACUCAAGAUGAAGAUGAGAGCGUACGGGCAUUUGGGAUGCGUUUCCAAAAGAUCUCCGACGUGCUGAUGAAGAAGGGRAAGAUCUCAGAGGUCGAGCGGUCGCGCGGACGGUUUGAGCGCGGGGGAGAUGCGAGAGAGCAGCGUGACGAGUUGCGGGGAUGGUACAACCGAGGGAAUCGCCGGGAUGAUUUGCAAGGGCGAUAUGACCAAGGAGGGUCUGAUGGAGACCGGCGCAACGACUCGCGCAGUUGGAAUGAAAGAGGUGGAUAUGGUGUCUCAUCAGAACCAUAUCCAAAGUCGCCUGACCCCAACGAGGCCAGGAAUUCGAUGUCUAGAGGCGCAGACGACAGGGCGUCUACUCCCAGGAACUCAUGCGUCUAUUAUAGAGGAGAAGAUCAUAUCAAGAGGGAUUGCCCGGACCUCAAACGGGCAAUAGAAGAGGGACUUGUCGUGCUUGACGACCGCAAGUACGUCAAGUGGGCAGAUGAUCUCGGAGAUGUAUCGAUGUUCCUUUCGAUGAAGGAGAAUGUCGAAGCAAGGAGAAUAAAGACGAGUAAAGGAAUGGAGCCGGUCAGGAGCCAGAGCAUCAAGAUAACCUUUGAGGGGGACAUGGCGACUACAACCAUAAGGGUGGCAGCCACCAAGUCGGCGAGAGGGUCUACAUCAAAGAGAACUGACAUGGAUUGCGUGAUGGCGGAGAAGGACGGACAGCGGGUCGAUGGAGAGGAGGUUAUCCUUUUGCCGCGAAAGCGGGGAGUCAAGAAGUUCUUAAUGAAGAGUUCGCUAGACGAGGUUGACACGGUCGAGCCACUGAGGCGGGUCCUUCGGCAACCCAUGCAGUGCUCUAUUCUGGAGUACCUGGCGGCAUCGUAGCCAGCUCGUGAUGAGUUACAGCUGA